GUUAAAUGGAGAAGAUGGAAAGCUAACCGACACCCCCACCCUACUUCCCGCCUCCUCAUCUUCUUCUUCUUCUUCUGGUACCCGUCUUCACGAGCGUCGCCAGAUCACCUUUCGGAUUUUCCACCGAUUCAUGUUCGAAUUCGUUCCGGAGUAGUUAUUGUAGUCGUCGGAGAAGGCGGAAUUCGAGACCGUCUGAGCUCGAGCCUCGGAGGAGCUAGAGAGAUCCGGGCAUGGGUUUCGUCAUCGGCGGGGUGGGAUUAAGGGCUUUCUGGUUUCUGGUGUUCUCGAUUUCCCUCUGCGGUGCUCUCAGAAGAGAGGCCAUGGUCACUCAGAAGAAGCUUGAGGUUCGGAAGCACCUGGAUCGGCUCAACAAACCUGCCGUCAAGUCCAUAGAGAGCCCAGAUGGUGAUAUCAUUGAUUGUGUUCAUAUACAUCACCAGCCAGCUUUCGAUCAUCCUCAUUUCAAGAACCACACAAUUCAGAUGAGGCCAAGCUACCACCCAGAAGGGCUGUUUAAGGAUGAAAAGCUCUCCACAUUGAAGGAUGUGAAUGAUGAGCCCAACCCAAUUCCUCAUCAGCUCUGGCAUUUGAGUGGGAGGUGCCCAGAAGGGACUAUUCCUAUUAGAAGGACAAAAGAAGAUGACCUUUUGAGAGUCAGCAGCACUUUCAAGAGAUAUGGAAAAAAGAAGCUUAAAAGUGUCCCUAAACCCAGCUCUGCUGAUCCUGAUUUGAUUACCCAGAAUGGACACCAGCAUGCAAUAGCCUAUGUAAAUGGAGGAGGAUACUAUGGCGCAAAAGCCACCAUAAACGUGUGGGAGCCUCAAAUCCAGCAACCCAACGAGUUCAGCUUGUCUCAGAUUUGGAUUCUCGGCGGAGAUUUUGAUUCAGAUCUCAACAGCAUCGAAGCUGGUUGGCAGGUUAGCCCGGAUUUGUAUGGGGAUCACAACACAAGAUUAUUCACCUAUUGGACCAGUGAUGCUUACCAAGCCACGGGGUGCUACAACUUGCUAUGUUCGGGAUUUAUUCAAAUUAAUAGUAACAUAGCGAUGGGGGCCACCAUCUCCCCCCUUUCCAAUUACAGAGGUUCUCAAUAUGAUAUCAGCAUCCUUGUUUGGAAGGACCCGAAAUUGGGUCACUGGUGGAUGCAAUUUGGCAACAACUAUAUUCUCGGCUACUGGCCGGCAUAUCUGUUCUCCAACCUACAAGACAGUGCUUCAAUGGUGGAGUGGGGAGGGGAGGUGGUGAACUCGGAGUCGGACGGGAUGCACACCACCACCCAAAUGGGGAGUGGCCACUUCCCCGGCGAAGGGUUCCGGAAGGCCAGUUAUUUCAGGAACAUACAGGUCGUGGACGGGUCGAAUAACCUGAGAGCCCCUCAGGACCUCGGAGUGUUCACUGAAGACGACAACUGCUACAAUGUGGAGCUUGGGAAAAAUGACGACUGGGGGCGUUACUUCUUCUAUGGUGGCCCGGGUAGGAACGACAAUUGUCCUUAACCGGUACGGCAAAUUCUAGGUACAUUUCUGGUGUGCCAAAAGAGAAGAACAAAAACAUGGGAGGUUGUCUUUGGUUUUGCCCCUGAAAAAACCAUCCUUUUAGGGGUAGGGUAGGUUAGAGAAGAUGAUGUGAUUCAUCAUCUUUAUGGCUAAAAUGGUGGAAAGUUUCACCUUUCUUUCUUUGUAAAUGUGUGUCAAUGUGUCUCCCAAGAGGCAAUUGUUGUAGGAGACAAAAAAAUGGGGUGGUCCUGUUUCUUCAAGUUGAAACAGUCACCCUUUGUAUUAAUCAAUUACCCUCUCAGUCUAAUUUCCUCUCCAUGUUUGAGUUGUCCCUAUUUAUUUUUUUUAAAAAACACAUUUGUAAUUU